AUGUUCCAUAUAUCGUAUUUCUAUGUACUCCUACUCGUCAUAUCGGCAGCCGCAGAGAGUCAGCUUCAACAUCCAAACGAGCAUGUCAUGAACGAAGAUGUUGCAAAAAUUUUGCCCUUCUGGACAGACGUAAAACGAGCUCGUAAUCCGUAUUCGUGGAUGGCUGUCGAACAGGGUAUGGGAGGCAGCAAUCCUUAUAGCUGGAUGACUCAGAUGUCAAAAACGAAUUUUGCUCAAAUUUUCCUUUAUGAGUUCAAACUCGGUGGAAGUGCGGAAAAGACGGCUCGAAACAUUGAGGAAGUUUGGGGUGAAAGUAAUGCUGGUGUAUCGGCAGUACAAACAUGGUUCCGGAAAUUCCAGUCUGGUGAUUUUGAUCUUGAAGAUGAGGAAGGCCGCGGAUGUCCGAAUGAACUCAACGACGACGAAUUUGAUUGUUUACAACAUGUCAUGUUUUCAAAAAUGCCCUCCUAG